AUGACCUCCAACAUCAUAACAAUCGACACCGCCCUCUCGGCAACCUCCUACCACGCCGCUGCCGCCGCUGCCUCAAGCGCCUCAGAACUCGUCCACAUCUCCGGCCAGCCCGGCACAAACAUCAACGGCGAGGUUCCAGACGACUACAUAUCCCAAAUCGAGCUAGCCUUGCUGAACUUGCGCAAGGUCAUCCUGAUUUCGGGCUGCAAGGUCGAAGUUAUCUUGUCGUUGAGGUUCUAUAUCGUUGGCUUCUGGUCCCGCUAG